AUGGAAUCCGUAUUCGUGUGCCCGGUGUGUUUCAAUCUCGAUCCCGAUCGGUGCCCAGAAAAAUCACCUCCUAGCCUUCUUGACGAGCAUCGACUCAAUGUGCCAUUCUCAGAACUGAAGCGCUCCGCAGAGACAGGCGAUUGCCUAGCAUGUAAAAUCCUAUGCGUAGGGUUGGAAAAUAUGCAAGAACUAUGGGACGAGGGUGCAGAAUCCGAGAAUGGGGACCAAAUCUUGCUUGACGAGACGCUUCUUCACAUUGACCUUCGAAGGGACCAUAGUCUCCGGGUUAUUCUGGCCAACGUCGGUUAUGAAACAACUAUAGAAUUCUAUACAGUAUCCAUAGAUGAUUGCGGGUUGAUUCCUGCGUUUGGUAUUGCUCGACCAGUCUCCAGCGAACUAGAAAUAAGUGAGUGUCUAGCUCUUGCAACUGAAUGGUUGAAAGAAUGCAGUGAAAAGCACCAUUCGUGUGGUCAGCCUACUGAGUCAAAACUUCCAACUCGUGUUUUGGAUGUUGGCCAGAUUGAUACGGAUAUUGUCUAUCUGCACGAGACAAAAGAUUCCGACAGAGGUUGCUAUAUGACAUUGAGUCAUUGCUGGGGGAAGGAACAGAUUAUUACUACGACUACCGGUACACUUCAAGACAGAAAAGCUGGAGUAAAAUUGUCUCAGCUUUCAAAGACAUUUCGUCACGCUGUACAAAUAACUCGAGGCUUAGGUAUUCGUUACUUAUGGAUCGAUUCUCUCUGCAUCAUUCAAGACGAUAAAUUGGAUUGGGAAGUUGAGUCGGCAAAGAUGGCGCAAGUUUAUAUGUCGUCUCAGCUCAAUCUUGCUGCUACACAUUCAAGCAGUGGUAAAGAAGGAUGCUUUGGGGAGAGAUGGUCGCUAGAUACUCUCAACCAAACCGAACUUAAUGUGGGCGAAGACGUGGCGAUUGAACCUAGUGACGAAACCGAAGGCAACUACAAGAUUUUCUAUCGGCAUGCUUUACAUGUUGCACAUGAUCACUUCACGCGGACAAUGGACUAUGCAAACACUAUGGAAGAUCUUUCCCCUCUCUUAAGCCGAGCAUGGGUUUUUCAAGAGCGACUACUCUCCCCAAGAACCCUACAUUUUCAUGCCGAAGAGCUCAUCUGGGAAUGCGCCUCCGGAAUAUCUUGUGAAUGCUCAAGAUUACAGAACCAUAAAUGGGGCGACCCUGAUGGCCUGCUAGAACAACGUAAAGUCGACCAGCUGAAGAUGAUGUAUUCUUCAAUAACUUCACCUGAGAUGACUGACCCACAAGUCUUGGAGACCUGGCUGGAAUUCGUUACUGAGUACUGCACGUUAAAGCUUACAAAGCAAAUGGAUCGUCUUCCUGCAUUGUCUGGUCUUGCCUCUCGAGUUGCUCAACGCUUGCAAUCUUCUGAGUAUCUAGCAGGCUUAUGGUCUCAAGAUCUUCCCAGGGCGCUUUGCUGGCAAAUCGAUGGACCAUAUUAUGGAAAUCGACAUCCUACUUUCCGAGAUGCUCAUCCCAGUGCGCCAUCAUGGUCUUGGGCUUCUAUAUGGAAUAAUAGUCAAGACGCUCCUUAUGUUACAUACGGUCUUGUCCAGACACGUGGCUUCGUGCCAGAUUUGAGAUGCCGGAUCCAAAGCUUCCAUAAAUCGCAGAGUACAAUCAGCCCUUUCGGAAUCUGUGGAGUGGUACAACUGAGCAUUCAGGCACCGCUUAUCGAAGCCACUUUACUUGUGACUGAACAAGAUGAUUCUUCCAUAAUAGAUCAGAUGCGAAAGGGUAGCGCCCAUGAGCAGAGUCUGAUAAAAAUCAAAGAGAAGAUGAGCGAAACGUAUGAAACAUGGGUAAGGUUUGAAGGAGAGUCUGUCCGGAUUUCUCCCGAUUGUUUUGAUAUCAAACAGCGCAUUACAGAUAUAAGCCAUGGUGAUGCCGUAUUUUGUCUACUGCUUGGCCAUUUCACGCUCUCAGAUAGAGACUGGAUGGGCCAACAUCCCUCUCAGCAUCUUACUCGGAAAGAGAAGCUUGAGUCUGAAGAAUCAUCAAGCCAGCUAUUGGGAGCAUAUGCACUUGUGCUUCGGAAAGUUGACGAUGGACCAACAUAUAGAAGACUUGGGUUGUUGGUUCACAGAAGAGGCGCAGGAUGGUGGGAAGAUGCACCAAUUGCUCUUGUCACACUAAUAUGA